GUUGGUCUCUGCCCUAAUGCGGUGGCUGGCGGCGAGAGGCGCUGCAGGGGACUCGGGGGAAGUGGCGGCGCCCGCAGCGGACAGCACGGACUGCGCCCCGGGCCGGAGCCCGAGCCGUCGGAGGUUGAUUGACGCAUGUGCAGUUUGGGGCCCUGGAGCUCUCCUGCCCUCAGCACACUGCCACAGAGCCACCUCUGGUGCUGCAAGGAAGAGGCUGAAUGAGGCGGAGGAGCUGAGCUCUGUCCCGAAAGCCCACGUGGAGCAGCUGGAGGCAGCGAGAUCCCGAGGGCUGGGGAGUGGGGAGCAGGGCCUGGUGCCGAGGAUGGCCAGGCAGCAGCCGCCACCCUGGGUCCACGCAGCCUUCCUCCUCCUCCUCCUCAGUCUUGGCGGGGCCAUCGAGAUUCCGAUGGAUCUGACCCAGCCUCCAACUAUCACCAAGCAGUCUGUGAAGGACCACAUCGUGGACCCCCGUGACAACAUCCUGAUUGAGUGUGAGGCAAAAGGGAACCCCGCCCCAAGCUUCCACUGGACUCGAAACAGCAGAUUCUUUAAUAUCGCCAAGGACCCAAGGGUGUCCAUGAGGAGGAGGUCGGGAACCCUGGUGAUCGACUUCCGCAGUGGUGGGCGGCCAGAGGAGUACGAGGGCGAAUAUCAGUGCUUCGCCCGCAACAAGUUCGGCACAGCCCUGUCCAAUCGGAUCCGCCUGCAGGUGUCCAAAUCGCCCCUGUGGCCCAAAGAAAACCUAGACCCAGUUGUGGUUCAGGAAGGCGCACCCCUGACGCUGCAGUGCAACCCCCCUCCGGGUCUCCCCUCUCCGGUCAUCUUCUGGAUGAGCAGCUCCAUGGAGCCCAUCACGCAGGACAAGCGCGUCUCCCAGGGCCAUAACGGGGACCUGUACUUCUCCAACGUGAUGCUGCAGGACAUGCAGACCGACUACAGCUGCAACGCCCGCUUCCAUUUCACUCACACCAUCCAGCAGAAGAACCCCUUCACCCUCAAGGUUCUCACCACCCGAGGAGUUGCAGAAAGAACACCCAGCUUCAUGUAUCCUCAGGGUACCUCAAGCAGUCAGAUGGUGCUUCGUGGCAUGGACCUCCUGCUCGAGUGUAUUGCUUCUGGGGUCCCAACACCAGACAUCGCAUGGUACAAGAAAGGUGGAGACCUCCCAUCUGACAAAGCCAAGUUUGAGAACUUUAACAAGGCUCUGCGGAUCACCAAUGUCUCAGAGGAAGACUCCGGGGAGUAUUUCUGUCUGGCCUCCAACAAGAUGGGCAGUAUCCGGCACACGAUCUCGGUGAGAGUAAAGGCUGCUCCCUACUGGCUGGAUGAACCCAAGAAUCUGAUCUUGGCUCCUGGUGAAGAUGGAAGACUGGUGUGCAGAGCCAACGGGAACCCCAAACCCACUGUCCAGUGGAUGGUGAAUGGGGAGCCUCUGCAGUCGGCACCACCCAACCCAAACCGUGAAGUGGCCGGCGACACUAUCAUCUUCCGGGACACGCAGAUCAGUAGCAGGGCUGUGUACCAGUGCAACACCUCCAACGAGCACGGCUACCUGCUGGCCAACGCCUUCGUCAGCGUGCUGGAUGUCCCACCUCGGAUGCUGUCACCCCGGAACCAGCUCAUUCGGGUGAUCCUUUACAACCGGACACGGCUGGACUGCCCAUUCUUUGGGUCUCCUAUUCCCACCCUCCGAUGGUUUAAGAAUGGGCAGGGAAGCAACCUGGAUGGUGGCAACUACCAUGUCUAUGAGAAUGGCAGCCUGGAAAUUAAGAUGAUCCGCAAAGAGGACCAAGGUAUCUACACCUGUGUGGCCACCAACAUCCUAGGCAAGGCUGAAAACCAAGUCCGCCUGGAGGUCAAAGACCCCACCCGGAUCUUCCGGAUGCCUGAGGACCAGAUUGCCAAGAGGGGCACCACCGUGCAGCUGGAGUGUCGUGUGAAGCACGACCCCUCACUGAGACUCACUGUCUCCUGGCUGAAGGAUGAUGAGCCGCUCUACAUCGGAAACAGGAUGAAGAAGGAAGAUGACUCCCUGACCAUCUUUGGCGUGGCAGAGCGAGACCAGGGCAGCUACACAUGUGUGGCCAGCACUGAGCUGGACCAAGACCUGGCUAAGGCCUACCUCACUGUGCUAGCUGAUCAGGCCACUCCAACUAACCGUUUGGCUGCCCUGCCCAAAGGACGACCAGACCGGCCCCGGGACCUGGAGCUCACCGACCUGGCUGAGCGGAGCGUGAGGCUCACCUGGAUUCCAGGAGACGAUAACAACAGCCCCAUCACAGACUAUGUCGUCCAGUUUGAAGAGGACCAGUUCCAACCAGGGGUCUGGCAUGACCAUUCCAAGUUCCCAGGCAGCGUUAACUCAGCUGUCCUCCAGCUGUCCCCCUAUGUCAACUACCAGUUCCGGGUCAUUGCCAUCAAUGAGGUCGGGAGCAGCCACCCCAGCCUCCCAUCUGAGCGCUACCGAACCAGUGGAGCACCCCCGGAGUCCAAUCCUGGUGACGUGAAGGGAGAGGGGACCAGGAAGAACAACAUGGAGAUCACAUGGACGCCCAUGAAUGCCACUUCCGCCUUUGGACCCAACUUGCGCUACAUCGUCAAGUGGAGGCGGAGAGAGACUCGAGAGACGUGGAACAACGUGACGGUGUGGGGCUCUCGCUAUGUGGUGGGGCAGACCCCUGUCUAUGUACCCUAUGAGAUCCGGGUCCAGGCUGAGAACGACUUUGGGAAGGGCCCAGAGCCCGACACUAUCAUUGGCUACUCCGGAGAAGAUUAUCCCCGGGCUGCGCCCACCGACGUUAAGGUCCGAGUCAUGAACAGCACAGCCAUCGGCCUGCAGUGGAACCGGGUCUACUCCGACACGGUCCAAGGCCAGCUCCGGGAGUACCGAGCCUACUACUGGCGUGAGAGCAGCUUGCUGAAGAACCUGUGGGUGUCUCAGAAGAGACAGCAAGCCAGUUUCUCCAGCGACCGCACCCGGGGCGUGGUGGGUCGCCUCUUCCCCUAUAGUAACUACAAGCUGGAGAUGGUUGUGGUCAAUGGGAGAGGCGAUGGGCCCCGCAGUGAGACCAAGGAGUUCACCACCCCAGAAGGAGUACCCAGCGCCCCCAGACGUUUCCGAGUCCGGCAGCCCAACCUGGAGACAAUCAACCUGGAGUGGGACCAUCCAGAGCACCCCAACGGGAUCCUGACUGGAUACACCCUCAAAUAUGUGGCCUUUAAUGGAACCAAGUUGGGAAAACAGAUAUCGGAAAACUUCUCUCCCAACCAGACCAAGUUCUCUGUGCAGAGAUCAGACCCUGUGUCACGCUACCGCUUCACUCUCAGCGCCAGGACGCAGGUGGGCUCUGGGGAAGCGGUCACAGAAGAAUCUCCAGCACCUCCCAAUGAAGCUACUCCAACCGCAGCACCUCCCACGUUGCCCCCAACUACCGAGGGUGCGAUAGGCACUGUGAGCAGUACUGAAGCUACUGCCGCUGCUGCCACCACCGAAGCCACAACAGUCCCCAUCAUCCCAACUGUCGCACCUACCACCAUCGCCACCACCACCACCACUACCGUCGCCACAACUACUACAACCACUGCCGUCGCCACCACCACCACUACCACCACGGAGAGCCCUCCCACCAUCGGCACCAGGAGUAAGAUGCAGGAAUCUGCCCCCGAUGAGCAGUUCAUAUGGAACGUCACGGUGCUCUCCAACAGUAAAUGGGCCAACAUCACGUGGAAGCACAACUUCGGGCCCGGAACCGACUUUGUGGUUGAGUACAUCGACAGCAACCAUACAAAAAAAACUGUCCCUGUUAAGGCUCAGGCCCAGCCUAUACAGCUGACAGACCUCUAUCCCGGGAUGACAUACACGUUGCGGAUUUAUCCCCGGGACAACGAGGGCAUCAGCAGUACCGUCAUCACCUUUAUGACCAAUGCAGCUUAUACCAACAACCAGGCAGACAUUGCCACCCAGGGCUGGUUCAUUGGGCUCAUGUGUGCCAUUGCCCUCCUGGUGCUGAUCCUGCUCAUUGUCUGCUUCAUCAAGAGGAGUCGAGGUGGCAAGUACCCAGUUCGAGAGAAGAAGGAUGUGCCCCUGGGCCCGGAAGACCCCAAGGAGGAGGAUGGUUCCUUUGACUACAGUGACGAGGACAACAAACCCCUUCAGGGCAGCCAGACGUCUCUGGAUGGCACCAUCAAGCAGCAGGAGAGUGAUGACAGCCUGGUGGACUAUGGCGAAGGUGGGGAGGGUCAGUUCAAUGAAGAUGGCUCCUUCAUUGGCCAGUACACAGUGAAAAAGGACAAGGAGGAGACAGAGGGCAACGAGAGCUCAGAGGCCACAUCACCCGUCAAUGCCAUCUACUCUCUGGCCUAGUGGAGGCCACCAAGCACAGCCACUAUAUUGCAAGUAGGAGGAGGGGAGAGAGGGAGAUGAAGCCACUGCAGACCUACCACAAAGCCACCACCACCUUCCAGGACAAGGGUACAAUAUGAAGGUCUGCCACACCGUGAGGACCAGUGACCAACCCAGCCACCCUUGAGCCCCUCCCAAUGAGCCCCCACCCUGCUGUGUGCCACCAGUAUGGGAGAGCUAGGCAGCGCUCACUGGAGGGAACCCUGUCCCUCACCAUGCCCCACCACACUGCCCCUCAACCCGGGCACACACACUCGCCUAUUCCUGUUGGCUACAGUACUUGUCAUUGUCUCCAUUUUUUUCAUUUUUUUCUCUGUGCAUCUUUUUCUCCAGACCCAGUGUCUCCAUUCUGUUUCUUUCUGUAUUGUAAGACGUGUCCCUGGCAAAGAAAGGAUAGGUGGCUUCUCCCCAAAAAAACCACAACAGACAAGAGAAUGAUCCGAAACAGGACAGAGAGCAAAGCUGUAGUAUUGAAGCUGCUGUCACCAGGCCAACAUGUUUCCGAAGGAUGCCUUUCUUGCCAUAUGCACCCCCUCGCUCCCAACCCAUCUGCCUCGGCCUUGUCAGCUGCUCAGCUGGGCUUGGCUUCUUUCUGGAAAGUGACAGUAUUUGGGGCAGGGCGAGGAUGGGCAGGCCUCCUUGCCUCUCUCUGGUUCAGUUAGCAGGUUUACCUCUUGCUCCUCACUGUUACCUGCCCCUGCCUCUGGACUAUCUGUGGAUGAGAUGCACUGACCCUGAAGGCGAAGGUGGGGGGCGGAGUAGGUACUGAAGGAGAGGACUGCGGGGAAUGGAUCCCAAGCAGAAGAAAGUCAGGUCUGGUCCCUCGGGAGCUGCACGCCUCUGGAGAGAAGCGAAGGGCUGGGUUUGGACACCAGUGAAACCCAGGAUGCAGGAGAGGACCAUCCGUGCUGCCUCUGGAGGAGGGGCCCCUGCCCACCUAGGAGCUAGCCCCUGCGUGCAGAAGCCUGGCGGAGGCGUUUGGGGGUGCAAAGCGCUGCCUCGCUUCCGUCCCUCGCAGUUAUCCCCCUUGUCAGUUCUGUGUGACGUUUAAACUUGUGCUCAACCUUGUGUGUAGAUGGGGACUGCUGCUCCUGUCUGUCCUUUUUUAGGUAUAUACCUAUUGGAGGACCCUGAGGUGACACCGUCCUAACCGUGCUGUGACGCUCCCGCCUGGGGAGGACUUGAUGCUCUUCAUAUGCCUUAUGCAGCUCUGAUCUGUCCCUGGAUUCCCAGGCCUCAGCCCGUCCCUGCAAGCCUUGAAGCCUCCAGUGAUGUCUGUCUCAGGAUCAGGGCAGCCUAUGCAAGUGUCCCUGCAAGACCGGAAGCAGCCACUCCACAUGCCCCUCCCCCCUCUCCCAGAUGGAGACACUUGCAGACCUGCAGCUCUCAGUCCGAAGGUGCUGCCUUCAUCCUUCCCACCUAAUCCAUUUUUGAAACCAAAGGUACCUAGCCUCGGUGAUGCAGAGGGGAGAGUGGGAGCCCGAGCAUGCCCCUGCAGCUGCUCCUGUGGCUGGAGUCAGUUUCGGGAGGGUUAGGCUCAUCCCCACGUGCGGAUCACCUGCCACUGAUCUGAGCCUCCAGCACCAUCGAGAGGGCCAGGCAGGACGAGGGCUGCGUCCUUCAGAGACUUUAUUAAACCAUCAUUUGCCACAUGUUUAAGCCACAGAGGUAUUAGCAAUGCUUGCAUCACUUAAUCGUUCAGUUGAGGGUCAAGCCUAUAGACACACACUGAAGGUAAGAAAUCAUAGGCCAAAGCCGAGCCAAUGUUGCUUGAACCUGACGGUGUGUAAUGGCUUCUUGGCCCAAGCUGUGGCCCAGGUGUGUCACCUGGGAGCCCAAGGGGCAGCUCUCUCAUGAUGAAAGGGGACAGGGUAAAGAGGAGGGAGCUGGGGAGUAAGCUCAGGGUCCCCUCCCCGAGCUCUCUUCCCAUGCCUAUAGGGAUCAGGUGGGCAUUUCUGCAGCCUAGGCCCACUGUCCCUGAAGGGAGUAUCAGGGAAGAGUGCCCAUGAGCUGAAUUAAACCACUUGGAUUUCGAGAAAACACUCUGGGCCUGAGCAGAGUGGACAAUGUCUCAGGCCCCCAUUCUGCACUGCAUCGUCCAUGCUAGUGAGUCUGCAGCACUGACAGCAGGCUCCUGGGGCAGGAAGAAAUGUUAGAUGUCAUCGUAUCUACCUUCCCCACAUCUCAGGAAAGUCUGCCAAGGAUACUGAUACUUGGAAAGAGCUCUGUCUUAGGGAUCCUGGGGAGAGGUGGGCUCUUGGGUUCCCAUCUUUGCAGCCCAUCGCAGAGUCCUGCCACAAGCUGGGGUUCCAUCAUCUUGGGGUCUUGUUUCAUGUGUGCUGGUAGCUGACCCUCCUUACCACACGAUCACGGUCCCCCAAGCAGGAGCAAAUCUGGGCCUGAAAACCAAGGGUUCCCAAGCAAAGAUGGCAGCCUCUCAGAUGGAUCUGAGCUGUGCAGUUGCCGGACUGGGGAGGAGAGGAGGCACUUUCCAAGUCCACUCCAGCUCAGCAGGAUGCCAGCAUUGCCCAGAACUCCCAGCCAGCAGAGUCUUUCAAGGAAACACCCCAGAACAUUACCAACAACAAUGCGUGGAGUGGGCAGUACCACUGGUGCUUCAGCCUGUCUGAUGGGGGUAGGGGGAAGGGUGUAAGUCACCUUGUAGUGACUCCAGGCAGACUCCCCCCUGUGUCUUCAGCCCUAAGUGUGGUAGCUGUCUGCACUCUUGUCCAUCCAUUCAUCAAAUACUCAGUGAACAUAUAGUGUGGGCUGAGGCUUGUUCCCUGAAUACCUUGGUGACCAAGGUCUGAUAUGGUCCCACGCAGGGCUGACAUUACUGUCACUGACCCAAGGAACACAGUGACUAUUUCUGUCCUCUGUUGUUUGACUGAUGACUCCAAGCUGGAAGGAAGAGGCUUCCUGGGAAGCACUUGAUUCAUCCGCCCAGCAACUCUAGACUGGGAAGUCCUGACUUGCUGGGUGAGGUGAGGACCUGUCCCGCCCUCUGCAGCAAGCUGCUUAAUCUCUGUGUUCUGGUGCCCAUUCAGUCCCUCCUUUGAAUACUUUGCUGCACAGAGGACAUGGGCCACCACCGGAAGAGCAGGGAAGCGCUGUCUCCCACUUGCCUUUGUUAUGGUAAACAGGACAUCACCUUUCCCUUCCUUGUUGCAGCGGAAAUGGCAGACUUUAAACUAAAGGGACAGCCAUGCCAACCCUCUCCCUCGUCCAUCUCCUUUGCCCUGAGAGGUUGGGGACAUCUGGUCUACCCUGCCUGGCAAGUCCUGAGGUUCAAAAAAGUGGCCACACUGCCAGGAGCCCACCUUGUUCCCAGUAAGGUCCAUCAGCAGCAUGGACCCAGGGAGUGUGCUCCCAGGGUCCCUGACCACAGUUAGCUUGGGAAGGGAUAGGAUUGGGCCCAUUGGUGUGUGUGUGGGGGGUGUCCAGCUAAGUUACAGCCUCCCUGCCACCCAGGCACCCAUGCAUGCACAUAUGCAUGCAGCAGACCACAGUGCAGCUGCAGAGCCGCACUUGCAGCAGGAACAGUCCAGACUGUUGGAAAUGGUGAGUCCAUUUCUGGGCUCAAAAGAUGUGAUGCAAGGGGCUGUGUGUGGAGUGAAACCCAGCUAGAGGAUGAGAGGUCACCAGGACUGGGCCUUGUUGGGACAGGUCCUCUGUGGCAGGACCUAGAGAGAGAGCAAUCUGGAGGAAUAGGAAAUGCUCUCGAGAGUGGCCUGGGCUGUGGCUCUUUGUAGUUCCUCCUCGAACAUUGUCCUGAGCCAGGCUGAGUCUUAGACCGUCUCUAACUGCCAGUUGAUGGAAGCAGCAGAGAUAGAAGCGCUGCUGACACUGAAGAGGUGAGGCUUCUCUGGCCUUCUGUGGACCUGGGGCCUGGAGAAUAGCCGAUUGCCAGGGUGCCAGAUUCCCAGAGCCCACUCCUCACCCAUGACACCUCGGGGUAACCACCAGUGUAACCAGCCUCUAAGAAGCCAACAGCUAAUGGUGAGGCUCAUCCAGUUCGGUACACAGGGUGAUUUUGUUUUAGUGAAGCCAAGGACUUUGUAUGAGCUUUGCAUGAUGGCUUAGGAGCACCAUGAAAGAGGUCCCAGAUUCAAAAAAGAAAAAGAAAAUAGGACUGGAGCCAGUGAAGCAAGGAGCUUGAAGUGACCAGAGGUGGCUCUGUGUGCCAGGAGGCACAGGCCAUUUGGGCAGAGGCAAACUCCUGGGCAGCUCCUUCCCUUAAACUAGACAGGGGCUACCCUGGGGGUGAGUUGGAAUGAGAUUGUGGUUGCCCCCAUCCGGGCAACCCAGGGAAGUAAAUACCCUUUCUUUUCCUUCUAAGAAAGUACCUUCCUGCAACAUCUUCAGAAGACUCCAGGGAACCACCCAGUGAAGCCAGGCCAGUCACCAGUGUCCCUAACCAUGACUGAAGGCAGUGCUCCUCUUACCCAUCCAUUAGUAUUAGGUGCAUAUUUCAUGAUGAUAGGAUGGAAACGAAACAGAUACAAUGGUGUCUAGCCUGGAACAGAUUCAGAUUUCAGCUUGCAAGGGAAUCUCAGCGCUGAUCUAAUUGAAGUGACUCAUUGUGCAGACAAGGAAAUGAAAAUAUAGGGAGGUGAAGGGAUGGGCUUGGGAGGGCAGCGCUGGUAAGUCAAGGCAGGACGAGGGCCUCCUGAUUCCUUGCUCAAUGCCGUUCAUCUCCCCACAGUUGCCUCCUUGGAAACAGGUAUUACUGUCCUGCACGCCACCCUGUCGAACCUCUCCACCACAUAGCCCAACAGCUCCCAAGUGAAAGACAAAAAGGAUUUUUCUGAGUCUGAGAUCAGUCUGUGUGUGACAGCCUUUGUUUAACCCAGGCGUGCAGUUAUGGGCAUCCCCAGGCCAGGGCCUGGAAGGACGAGCUGAUUAGUGUUUGUGACUGUGAAGCCUAGAUGGUACUCCCAGAACAGUGUCUCUUGCUGUGUCACACAUCAGGCCUGAGUACAAAUGGGGCUGGAAGUGAGGUUGCCGAAGAUGUCCCCUGUCCAUUCUGCCCUUGGCCCCAGGGUGCUGAGGGGCAGCAGGACUCAGGCAAGCUGGCCACGCUGGCAUGUACUAGGCUAGAAUUCAACAGAUUUAAAGACUGCAGUGAAGCAAUAAACACAAAAGUCUGGGAAAAGAGAUCCAGAAUUUUGUGCACUACUGUGUUUCUUUUUUGAAUACGAUGCAGAUCAGAUGCCCCUGACUGCUCUCUUUUUUUUCUGAUUUCCAAAUGCAGUGUCCUCAGUCAGUGUUGUCCCUCUGCCCAGUUCCCCAGCUCUUUGCCAACUUCUUGCUCCUUUUGAGCUGAGUAUCAGUCGCCUGUGACCCAGCCACAUUCUGUCCUGGUCCCCAGCCCCACCCACGCUGGACCUUGGAGGACCUCUUGCUCUGUCCCCACCACCCCACCCCUGUGUGUUCUUUUCAGUGGGGAAAGUUCUUUCCUAUGUUUCCAUACUUUCCUCCAUUUCCACCCACGCACAAAUUGGUCUGAUCUUCUUUUCUGUUGGCUAAACAUUUAACUUUGAUGGUACAACUUGUGUUAACCCCUCUCACAUCAUGCUCUUUCCUUUUCGUGAGUGACCUUGCAUUAAUCAACUCUGUUGGCGACAGAUGCGUUAUCUGAGGGUGUCACGCAUGACCUUCAGCAGGGAAGACUUCUGGGCUGUGGAGGACCGUCUAAUACAUGGACUUAUAAACUGACUGCAUGAACAAUGAAAAGGCCAAAUUAUUCAGAAUUUUUUUUGAAUCACUGUAAAAAAAAAAAAAAGACUGAUUUCUUUUUGUAUAGAAAACACUAAACGUAUAAUAAAAGUUGU